AGGGCUCUCCCACACGCCUGUUCUGAGGGCUUAUUAAAAAUAAUCCACCGCUGGAGCUCUCUCGGCCGUGCUGCGUGGUGGUCUGCUUGUCCGCUGCGUCUCUCUGGGUCUGUUUUUAUGGUGCUUCAGUGCUUAAGAGACCCCUCGGUGACACAGCUCACAAACACCAGCCAAAGUGGCUUGGAUGAAUUCAACCCCUUUUCCGAGAGCUCCCAGCGGACCAAUGCGGCGCGGACGACGCCGGCGGCGCAGCCCUCGGGCCACUCGCAGCCGGCCGUGCUGCAGACAUCCGUGGAGCCCACACCACAGGCCGUGGCUGCAGCAGCACAGGCAGGGCUCCUCCAGCAGCAGGCAGAGCUAGAGAGGAAGGCAGCUGAGCUGGAGAAGAAGGAAAGGGAACUGCAGAGCCACGCAGCCAGCAUCGACCCGAGGCAGAACAACUGGCCUCCUCUCCCCAAGAAGUGUCCCAUCAAGCCGUGCUUCUAUCAGGAUUUCUCUGCAGACAUCCCAGCUGACUACCAGCGGAUAUGCAAGAUGCUCUAUUACUUGUGGAUGUUGCAUUCCAUCACCCUGUUCCUAAACCUGCUCGCUUGCCUGUCAUGGUUCACAGUUGACAGCAGCAGAGGAGUAGACUUUGGUCUCUCGAUUCUGUGGUUAAUUUUAUUUACCCCUUGUGCCUUUCUCUGUUGGUACCGACCGAUUUACAAGGCUUUCAGGUCUGACAGCUCCUUCAGCUUCUUCGUCUUCUUUUUCAUCUUCUUCUGCCAAAUAGCAAUCUACAUCAUCCAGGCUGUUGGAAUUCCUGGCUGGGGAGACAGCGGCUGGAUCGCGGCGCUGUCCCAGGUGCACGGGAACGUGGCCGUGGUGGCGAUCAUGAUGGUGGUGGCAGCGUUCUUCACGUUCUGCGCCGUCGUCUCCCUCUUCCUCCUCAAGCAGGUGCAUUCCCUGUAUCGGCGCACAGGAGCCAGCUUCCAGAGGGCCCAGGAGGAGUUUUCCCAAGGCAUCCUCACCAACAGGAGCUUCCAGAACGCAGCGGCCGGGGCGGCCUCCUCGGCUGCACAGAGUGCUUUCCGGGGAAACUAACCCUUCCCAGGAAAUCCAGCUCUUCUUCCCGGGAAAUCCAGCCCUUCUUCCUGGGAAAUCCAGCCCUUCUUCCCAGGAAAUCCAGCCCUUCUUCCCAGGAAAUGCAGCCCUUCUUCCUGGGAAAUCCAGCCCUUCUUCCCGGGAAAUCCAGCCCUUCUUCCUGGGAAAUCAGCCCUUCUUCCUGGGCUUCCUCCUUCUCACUUCCUCUGCCCUCAUCUCCCCAACCUUCUUCUUUUUUUGGUUUUUUUUUUUUUUUUUUCUGAAAAUGCACUUUUUUGGGGGGUACCGUGUGAGCUCUGUGAUGCCGACACUGUGGAUGAGAAGAGGUUUUUUUUCGGCUUCAGCUGAGCUACGGUUUGGAUGAUUCGUUUUCCCUGUCUUGUUUUGGGGUGUGGGGAGAUGGGGGAAGACAUUGUCUGAGGCAAAUACUCCUCUUUCCAGGACCUUCCAGACGUUUGUCUCUUCCUCCCCUCACUCUGUCUGUAGCAGGAAGAUGAGGGGAAGCAGGUUUUUGAUUUUACUCUCUCUUCUCUUGCCUUUGCUAUGAAGAACUUGAUUAUCUGCUGUUUUGGGAGGGUUUUGUAACGUGCAUGUAGUUGACGUGGAUAAUUUUAAGAACAGAAACUGUACUUUUGGUUUAUUACACUCACACCAUGCUGUAUUUUGACCUCAUAACUGCUGGGCUUCCUGAGAGCCACGAAGGAAAAUCUGGGAGCGGGGGGGGAGUGUGUGUGGGGAUGUAUUUCCCCUGGUGCCCCCAGGGCACAUCCCUUGCUUCCACGAGGAUCCUGCAGGCGCCAGCCCUGGGCACGGAGAGGGGGAGAAGGGAAUCAGUGGAGGCUGAGUCUUCUCAGUGACUUGAAACCAGGAGAGGGAGGGGAAAAGGGAUUUUGGUUUGGCUCCCAGCUCCAGCUUUGGCAGCUGAGGAUGCCGGGUCACACAGUGCCUGUGACGCCCUUCUCCAGCUAACCUUGAACGAGUCUUUCUCCAGGGAAGGCUCCUCCCUGCCUUCCUGCUCACGAGUUUAAUUUUAUUUUUUAGCUGGGAAUGAACCGUUUUCAUGUGUGUUCAGCUGCAUCCCAAGAUGGGAUGCCCCUUGGGACGCAGGGGUGGAUGGGGGCAGGUUCCCACCUCUCCCUCCUUCAGCCCCGUGGUUUGGGUGGCGGGGAAGGGCUUCAUGCAGAUUUGGCUUUGAGGUGCCCCUUUGCCGGGCUGGGGGUUGUGUUAGACCCCCAUCCCGUGCCGGUGAGGGGCGGCGGGGGGGGCGCUGGGAUUCAGAAAUCGGUAUUUUUACACCCUUUUCCUCAUGUAUUAGUGGAAUUUUUUUUUUUUCUCCCGCGUCUGAUCUUUUAAUGUUUAAAAAAUUAUUAAUAAAAAAAACUGUUCAUGUG